AUGUAUAAAGAUAGGGGAUCCAAAUAUGCUGGAAAGUUGGGAGGGGAUGAACAAUAUCUGGACAGUUCAGAUCCAGGUAGUGAGGAUACAGAUAAUGAAGUAGAUGAAGAAGAUGGGGUGCAUAACCCUCAACCAAGAAGAUACAGCAGUAGGGUAUACUUUGAUCCUGCUUGUAAGAAAAUUUGUUUCCAGUUGGAAAUGGUGUUUGAAAAUGUGAAACAGUUCAAAUCUGCUUUGCAAGAUUAUGCUGUACAAAGAAGAGUUCAAAUUAAGUUGAGGCCUAAUGAGCAACAUAGAGUUAGGGCAACAUGUGUGAACUCAACAAGAUGUAGAUGGCAUAUUUUGGGAAGCUUGGAGGGACACACAGGGAAUUUCAUUGUCAAGAGCUACUAUCCUGUUCAUAAGUGUUUUAGAGCAACCAGAAACAAGAUGGCUAAUACAGCAUGGGUAGCUAAACAUUUCAAGGACAAGAUUAUCAACCAACUUGACAUUAAGCUUAGGCAGUUGCAGGAUUUGAUUAGGAUAAAGUAUGGUGUGUAUGUGGGAAAAUCCAUAUGUGCUAGGGCUAAACAUCAGGUCAUGGGUCAGUAUCUUGGUGAUUACAAGAAGGAGUUUGCUAGAAUAUAUGAUUAUGCUGACCAGUUGAGGUCUACAAAUCCUGGCAGCACUGUUAUUGUGAAGACCUCCAAGGAGACAAUACCUGGUAAGGAGGUGUUUGUGGGUAUCUAUAUUUGUCUACAUGCUUGCAAAGUUGGUUGGUUGGAAGGGUGUAGAAAUGUUAUUGGCUUUGAUGGAGCAUUUCUGAAGGGUGUGUGUAAGGGUGAGCUACUAUCAUGCAUUGCUAAAGAUGGUAACAACCAAAUGUACCCUGUUGCCUGGGCAGUGCUUACUGAAUCCCAAGGUGAGGGGGUGACCAUCAUUUCUGAUAUGCAGAAGGGACUUGUUGCAUCUGUUUCUGAGUUGUUACCAAAUGUUGAGCACAGAAUGUGUGCAAGACACAUAUGGAGCAACUGGAAACAAAAGUGGAAAGGAGAGGAAAGAAGGAAGAAGUUUUGGGCCUGUGCAAGGGCUUCAUUUGAAGCAUAUUUGAAGGCUAAGAUAGAUGAGCUGGCAGAAUUAGGUGAUAGUAAGAUCAUUGAGGAGUUGCUGAGAUACCCAAAACAAUGUUGGUGUAGAGCAUUAUUCAAAGAUUGGAGUAAAUAUGAUUCUGUGGAGAAAAACAUGUGUGAGACCUUUAACAGUUAG